GGUAUGAAAUCAGUCAUGUGAUUUCACCGAUGACCAAGAAGCUUCGACAACAAACAUUAUCGUGUUGUACGGUGUAUUGAAUGCUUUCUUCACAAACCAUUGUUUUCCCCUCUUAGCUAAUAUGUAUUUAACGUUUUGAGAUAAAAUAACGAUUGGACAUAACGCUAUUAGUCAUCACAAUGGCGGAAGUGGAGGAGCAGGAAAGGAAGCAGAGUGGGGAAUUCACAGAUGAAUCUGAGGAGGAGGACAGUGAGGAGGAGCCCAAGCUGAAGUACGAGAGGCUCUCCAACGGGGUGUCUGAAAUCCUCCAGUCCGACGCAGCCAGCUGUAUGACCGUCCACGACAAGUUUCUUGCCCUAGGAACCCAUUUCGGAAAGGUUUUCCUGCUGGACAUUCAAGGAAAUGCCACUCAGAAAUAUGACGUUAGUUCAGUGAAGAUCAACCAGAUCAGCCUGGAUGAAAGCGGUGAAAAUGUGGGCAUCUGCUCUGAGGACGGGAAGGUUCAGGUGUUCGGCCUCUACACAAGAGAGGGCUUCCAUGAGAGCUUCGACUGUCCUGUCAAAGUUGUUGCUUUACACCCUCAGUUCAGCAGAUCAAACUACAAGCAGUUUGUCACCGGGGGCAACAAGUUGCUCCUGUAUGAAAGAAACUGGCUGAAUCGCUGGAAGACGGUGGUCCUGCAUGAAGGAGAGGGAACGAUCACUAACGUGAAGUGGAGAGUCAACCUGAUAGCCUGGGCCAACAACUUGGGAGUGAAAAUCUAUGACUUUAGCACCAAGCAGCGGAUCACCAAUGUGCUUCGGGAUAACGCAAGUCUGCGGCCCGACAUGUAUCCCUGCAGCCUGUGCUGGAAAGACGACACUACUCUCAUCGUCGGCUGGGGAACUUCCAUCAAGAUUUGUUCAGUGAAAGAGCGAAAUCCUACUGAAAUGAGGGAUCUGCCCAAUCGCUAUGUGGAAAUAGUGUCUGCAUUUGAGACGGAGUUCUUCAUCUGUGGUUUGGCGCCGCUGGCGGAUCAGCUCGUCACCCUGUUUUUUGUGCAGGACCCCAUGAACCAGAUGGAUGAAGAGGAUCGUGCACGGCCUCGUCUCGACAUCAUCCAGCCUCUCCCCGAAAGCUGCGAGGAGAUCUCCUCGGAUGCUCUGAGUGUUCGCUUCUACCAGGACAACGAGUGCAGGGAUUACCGCCUCGAGCAUUCAGAGGGAGAGUCACUCUUCUACAUCAUCAGUCCCAAAGACAUCGUUGUGGCUAAAGAGCGAGACCAGGACGACCACAUCGAUUGGCUGCUGGAGAAGAAGAAAUAUGAGGAGGCGCUGAUGGCUGCUGAGAUCAGCUUCAAAAACAUCAAGAGGCACGAUGUUCAGAAAAUAGGGAUGGCUUACAUCAAUCACUUAGUGGAGAACAGAGACUAUGACGCUGCUGCCAGAAAAUGUCAGAAGGUUCUUGGGAAAAAUAUGGAGUUGUGGGAGAAUGAGGUGUACAGGUUUAAGACCAUUGGACAGCUGAAGGCUAUCAGUCAAUAUCUACCGAGAGGAGAUCUGCGUCUAAGACCGGCCAUUUAUGAAAUGAUCUUGCACGACUUUCUAAAAAGUGAUUAUGAGGGUUUUGCUACACUGAUCCGGGAAUGGCCCGGAGAACUUUACAACAACAUGGCCAUUGUUCAGGCCGUUAACGAUCACCUAAAGAAGGAUCCCACCAACAGCACGCUGCUCACCACGCUGGCCGAACUGUACACUUACGACCAGCGCUACGACAGAGCCUUGGAAAUCUACCUGAGGCUGAGGCAUAAGGACGUCUAUCAGCUGAUCCACAAACACAACCUGUUCUCCUCCAUCGAGGACAAGAUUGUCCUCCUGAUGGAGUUUGACAAAGAGAAAGCUGUUGAUAUGCUUCUCGACAAUGAAGACAAGAUAUCUAUAGACAAGGUGGUGGUGGAGCUAGAUGGAAGGCCUGAGCUGCUGCAUGUGUACCUCCAUAAACUGUUCAAGCGGGAUCACCACAAAGGCCAGAAGUACCACGAGAGACAGAUCGGUCUGUACGCAGAGUACGACCGACCAAACCUCCUGCCUUUUCUGAGAGAUAGCACCCACUGCCCUCUUGAAAAGGCUCUUGAGAUUUGUCAGCAGAGGAACUUUGUAGAGGAGACUGUCUUCCUGCUCAGCAGGAUGGGGAACUGUAAACGAGCCCUCCAGAUGAUCAUGGAGGAGCUGGAGGAUGUGGACAAAGCUAUAGAGUUUGCUAAGGAGCAGGAUGACGCAGAGCUGUGGGAGGAUCUCAUAUCUUACUCUAUUGACAAGCCACCUUUCAUCACUGGCCUCCUCAAUAACAUCGGCACUCACGUGGAUCCCAUUCUGCUCAUCAAACGCAUAAAGGAGGGGAUGGAGAUCCCAAACCUGAGAGACUCACUGGUGAAAAUUCUCCACGACUACAACCUCCAGAUUCUUCUUCGGGAAGGAUGCAAAAAGAUUCUUGUGGCCGAUUCGCUCUCCUUGCUGAAGAAGAUGCAUCGGACGCAGAUGAGAGGAGUCCGGGUCGAUGAAGGGAACAUCUGUGAGUCGUGUCACAGCACCAUACUACCCUCAGAUAUGGCCCAGCCGUUCAGUGUGGUGGUGUUUCACUGCAGACACAUGUUUCACAAGGAGUGUUUACCAUCUUCAGGAACUAUUCCUGGGUUGCAGUUUUGUAACAUCUGCAGUGCAAAGAGGCGAGGACCUGGAAGUGGGAUACUUGAGAUGAAAAAGUAACAGCUUUAGGCGCGUGCAACUAUUGAUCCUGUUUGUCUCCUUUUCUCCUUUUCUUCUCGAUGCAUUGAUCAAUAAAAAUCCCUUUUCCCUCAGUUGCUGUAUAUUUAACUAUAACAAGUGUAAAAUGAUGUGCUUUGUUUUGCUUCCCACUAAUGUUAUUUGCUGAAGAAGAAUAAAAUCAUUCAAACUCU